UCAGUAUCGUCGUCGUACGUCAAUUCGAGAGAGAAGGACAGUGACUGUGAUAGCUACCUUGUUAUAAUGCCAAUCAUUUCAUUGAGAGACCGCGACCAGUGAACUACCCACGGUGUUGCUCAACGUUAUCUAAGCUAUCAGUCAGUCAGGUCGUAAACGGGCCGCGGAAUGGAUUUCUCGCUAAUCUUUACCGUUUCGGUGCGUGAAGAUGGAAGAAAAUAUAUCCAGUAGAAGCAUAAAACUAAAUCCUUUCUAGGAAAUUUGAUUACAAAGUUUCGGUGUGACGGAAAUCGAACGGUGCUGCUUUUUGCGAAGUGCUUCAACCUGAGGUGGUUGUUCGUUAAUCUUUCGAAUUGAUAUCGGACCGUGGCAGUAGCUUAUCAAACCAUUGUUGGGGGAAAAAGUGAUAAAGGAAGCACAAUUUUGGCAAUAAACGUCACAGACAAGAGGCAAAUUGUGCUGUUACUACAAGGCAUGAAUUAUUUUUUUUCUCACACUUGACUCAAUUGCAGUAUGAAUGAUCACACUCGUGUGCGUGCAGUGGAAGUACUCCAUUGAAGAGUAUGCGUACUGAUGUGUAGAGGCAGAUCGAAAUAUAUGAAUUAAAAAUUCUUGAAUCAAUGACAUUGUUAUAUCAUGAAGGUGUGUAAAAGAGAAGAGGAGCAGCGAGGAAAUGCAGUCAAAUCGAGUGUAAUCUGAUGCCAGCCUUCAAUGUGCAGUGCCAAAAUUGCCACUGCUAGUGAGCUGAAGAGGUCGACUGAAGGCAGUCAGUCCUACGAUAGUGCGCCAUAGAAUGUGAGCAAGGUGUUAAUUAUGGUCAAAGCUAGGUGCAGCUGAAACACAUGAUUUCAGUUCUGAAUGGGCCUACGAUUAGUUAAGUGUCGCCAUCUUGCAUGUAUUCGCGCAAAUCUCUUCUCUUCCAAUAGGAAUCAGUCGUCAGUCUGCUCUUGCAUGCUGAUGUCGUCACAAAUAUUUUCUCGUGUGUGAUUUCUGUGCAGUGUGAGAAGAGUGAGGAGUUGGAAAAUUUUAGCUCGUGUUUUCGCGUCCAGAAAUCAAUGUUCUGCAAGUGCAAUUUGGUGUAAACGAUGGCGUAAUAUCAAAUACAAUCGAUAUACUACCCGAGGAAUAGCAGGAAAUGUAAAAAAGUUCACAAAAUGAAUGAGAACUUCGCGGCUGCAGCUGCCGCAAAACAAAUGCCAAUUGAAAAGCUAGUGCGUGUUGGAUAUUACGAACUUGACAAAACCAUCGGAAAAGGAAACUUUGCUGUAGUAAAACUAGCAUCCAAUGUGAUAACAAACUCAAAGGUUGCAAUUAAAAUAAUCGAUAAAACAUGUCUCGACGAAGAGAACCUGGCGAAAACGUUUCGCGAAAUAUCAAUACUAAAAGUGUUGCACCAUCCGCACAUAACGCGCUUGUACGAGGUCAUGGAGUCACGUAAUAAAAUCUAUCUAGUAACGGAGCACGCAGCGAGGGGUGAAAUUUUCGACCACCUGGUGGCAAACGGGCGAAUGAAGGAGGAAGAAGCGGCACGUAUCUUUUCGCAGAUUAUCUCCGCCGUCGACUAUUGUCACAGCAAGGGAAUUGUUCAUCGCGACCUGAAAGCGGAGAACGUCCUGUUGGACAAUGAGAUGAACGUAAAGCUGGCAGAUUUCGGAUUUAGUAACACCUUUUCGGAAGGAACGCCUUUGCGAACUUGGUGCGGUUCCCCUCCGUAUGCAGCUCCAGAAGUAUUUCAGGGGGUGGAAUAUGAUGGUCCAAAGUCCGACAUUUGGAGCUUAGGGGUGGUAUUGUAUGUACUAGUUUGCGGUGCCCUUCCCUUCGAUGGCGCUACGUUACAUGACUUGCGAAGUGUGGUUGUCGCAGGAAAGUUUCGCAUUCCGUUUUUUAUGUCACAAGAAUGCGAGCACCUCAUUCGGCACAUGCUUGUGGUGGAACCAGAAAAACGCUACACGUUGAAACAGAUAGCGCAGCAUAAAUGGUUGGAAAUGUACAAUUCUAUUCCGAUGCUCGAGAAAAUAUCUUACCAGCCAACGGAAGGCGCAAAUCUAGACACAAUUGUAAUGACUCAUAUGUUACAACUUCCUGGCCUUACAGCCGACAUGAUCGCACAGUCCGUACACGAAAAUCGCUUCGACCACAUUUACGCAAUCUAUUAUCUGCUAGUGGACAAACUAAAGCAGAAACGGAAAGAAAAAAAUAGGUUACAACAUCACGCCAGCUUAGCAUAUUCACGUUCCCGAAAGACUAGCAUUACAACGGGUGUCGUAGACCGAACGGAGGUAAUCAAGAAUGAUUCACUGGAAAGGCUCAGCCCACUUACAAACACGGGCUCCCCGAUUAUCAACAUGUCCGCUGGCCUAAGCGCAUCGGAAGAACUGGAAAAGUACGAUACCGAAUCGGCAAACAUGCCGAAAACGCCAGAAUCGACGGAUCAUCUGUUUCCUCCCACGUGCGCCAAUGCAUCGGCCAACACUCGACGUCACACCGUCGGGCCAGGGGAUGUGGCCCAUGAACAAGCAUUGGCCAAUCCGAAUGCACCUAUCAACUUCAAAGUUGGUUCUGCAGAACAGCAACCUCCAACGCAGAAUGUCCCCAUCAACAUUCCGAUGCUGCAGAAUCAACCAAUCCACAAUCUCACAAUCAAAGAUCAGCAUUUGUUGAAACCACCCACUGUUAUGGGAGCGAGUGCCUUUGGAAGACGGGCGUCAGAUGGAGGUGCCAAUUUGCACAUUUACUAUCCAACUACAUCUAACAUCAACGAGCAACCAGUCGCUGAGGUAGUGUACGGCAGCCAAGCGGCGCAUGUAAUGACGCCUGGGGCCGGUCCUGUGAUUGUUGAUCAUCCAAUGCCCGUUACCGGUGGUACUGAAGCACCUGAUGAUAGUAGUGAUGAAAUACAAAGAUAUAUGCAUGGUCGAGGAUGCACAAAGCGGCACACUGUGGGCUGUACCGACGACCUAUCUAAUAGUAAUGCAACGUCAAUGGAACCCCCCCAAGCACACUCACCAGCCCCGUCCAGCGCCGGGACAAGUGGUGGAGGACGAACCCGUAGGACUGGCUUACUCACAGUUAUGGAACGACCUCCCGUGAUUAGUCCUGAUCUGGUACGCGAAGUAGAGGCACGAAUGAAUCGCAACUACCUACCUCCAUCGCUAAUGACUACACCGAUGUUGACGGCGCCCCCACUGCCAGCGCACAUGUCGAGUGUCGGAGUAGGUGGAUCAGGAACGCUUACAUUGGGCGGUAUGCCGGUAUUGCAACCUCCUGGCAGACCGAGCGCACCAACUCCAGUGUUGGGAGGAUUUGGAUUGCCAACAGGAUUAGAACAAAGCUCUCCACCUCCUCCUCCUCCUGGUUCUUCCUUACAGCCCACCUCGACACAUCCCAAUGCCCCUUGCACUGCACUGCAGAAUGUUUGUAGUAGACGCUUUGCUAGAACAUGUAAACUGCCUACCGUUCAGGAAAUUGGCCGGUACAGCCCCGUGCGGCGAGCUUCGGAGGGUUCCAAGAUCAACACACAAUUCCAAAGACCAUUCCAGGAGUGCCAGCAGCUUCAAAAGGGUCUCAAUGCUGGCACUCAGCAACGAAACCUACUGAUUACACCAAGUCCACCGUUGGCGGACAAUUCGGUGAGUUUGCCAGGCUCACCAAUGCACUGCAAGCCCUUUGACGAUAGAUCUCAGCAAGACAUAACACUGCCCCAGGAUGUGAUACUAUCACUGGCACCUGGGCUGGAAAAACUAGUGCUGGAAAAGCGGAUACAGAUCGAGACAGCGAAAAGCAUUAUAAGUACACGGACAGUGCCAUUCGAGGUGCGACAGCAGCUAGGGCUGUUAGCUCACACGGUAAAUCCGGACCUGGGUUAUGCGUUACAACAGCAGCUGCAGCAUAGCCAAAGCGUUUCGCCUCUCACAGCACGACCGGGCACACUGCAGCCCACCAACUUUGCGGGUAGUAGUAUAGGUUCAGCAAAUUACAGUUAUUUCGGUGGUCUACCGUAUCCUACGUUCGCUACGCCAGGAACAAUACCUGGACUGACUUUUCCAGGAAGUAAUAGUAAUAGUGGGUGUCCUUCCCCUGUGUAUUAUAAUGAAUGUCCCUCGCCCAUCCUACCGACUGGGGGCGGUGCCUCGCCGAUGCAUCAAAUAACACGUGGUAUUAGUAUUAUGAACACCGGAGGAAGUGCAACUUCGGCUGCGGGAGGUUCGAUUACUAGGGGAACCUCGGCCGCCUUUUCGGUGUCUUGCAAUGAGCCGCUAGAUCUUAGUAUGGACGUAGUUAAUAGUGAGGAACUAGAUUAUCCAAGAAAUAAUUUCCUGAUUAAUCCAUCGGCAACCAGUGGUUCGACUCUUAAUUAUUUAGAUAUGAAAAAUUUUAGCCUUAUGCCACCACAACAAAUGCGUCUAACUGCAACACCCCCCACUUCGCCUAAUCUAUGUAUUAUACAAGAGGAGAAUCCUAACGCUGCUUUAUUCCAAGGUAGUAUACCCUUUAAGAGUCAAUCUGCCGGAGCAUCUCCGGAGGAUUUGAGCUUUCAACAUACUCAUCCCCAGAUAUACUUGACGGAUGUUCAAGGUAGUGAAAUAACUCUGGUGGCAUCGUCUGACUCUAGUCAUGAUAGUGACGAUUCGCUCAACUGCAAGAGCUCAGGACUGGGGUUCCAGGGUCUACUGAUAUCGGAACCCUCUAGUGAUAUGCCUUCGAUAACACGCGGUGUUGGAAGGAAAGCUAGUCUCGAAACUGAAAACAAUUCAACGUCAACCUCGGCAAAGUUGGAUACGGACACUAGUGACUCGUAUGCCCGCCGAGGAAGUGAUAAGUCGCUCGGGUUCAGUGACGAUAGUCUAAGCAAUGAUUCGAAUCAUUCGAAUCUUUCACCUAGUCAAGAGCCGUCCGCUAGCUCCGGCUUCAAGAGUUGCGAUUCUCACUCGGAGCAAGACGCACGACUCAGUCCGGAUUCGUUGUGUGAAAAUAAAACACUCACCGACGAGUGCUACGAGCUGCCUCUGCCGCAGGAAUGUUCCACGCUCGACUCUUCUAGAAUACUGGAGAUGGUUAAGCGAAGAAUUGACUCCAAAGUGCCGCCGAUGGGGUGCGUUUUCAAUGCACCGAAACAGGAUCCCGACGGUGGCCAGCACAGUCGAAGCGAAAUGGAUAGUUCCUUUGCGGUAGGGGAGAGUUCAAAUCUUAGUCUAGAAUAUUCGGGUGGUUUGCAGAUCGAGCUGCAGGUGUUCGAGGGACGCAUGAAGGACAGUCACAGUGGCAAGGGUAUCAAGCUACGGCGGAUAUCCGGUGACCAGAACGAGUACGGAAAGCUGUGCCAGCAGUUGAUCACUUCGCUUACCGUUUGAAAGUACGACAGCCGUUUAACAGUAAAGUGCCGCAGACGUAUUUGAGAUUUCUCGCCAUUUUCAAGCGUAAGCAAUAUCCUGCCAUAGUUGCGAAAUUAUUCUUCGUGUAUCUCGUCGUUAAGUUCGAUUUAGGUUUUAAUAGGUUACUGGGCAUGGGCACUUUGUAGGAAAAAAAAUGAUGUAUGGUUUCCUAUUUUUUGGGAUUGGUCGAUGUCAUGGGUCUGGGUAAAGUAAUAUUUGCAACUUUUCGCGCCACUUUUUCUCACAACUGGUGUGGGUCGUCUGGAAGCAUUGGAUAGAUUUUGCUGGGCUUUAUUCUAUUGAAGUAUCUUUAAACUAUCCAACUGUAGGGGUGAAAGAAGUUCAUUUACGAGUACCAAAUCGAGGUUGUGCUGUGCGCUAUUUAACUCAUGUAUAAGAUUUUUUUCGAAAGCAAGAUCAGGGAUGCCUGGUGUUUUUAGGAAUAAUCUACACCGAGAUCGACGGAAGUAUGCACAUGUCUUUGCUGCUACUAUUCAAGGGUGUGGGGGAGGGUUUUCAAUUAUUUACGGUUUAUAAAACUGAGCCUAUACAUACGUUGAGCAGUUUGUAGAAAGUAAGGCAACAUCACUUGAUUUCAGAGAACUUCGGAAAAGUCCAGGGAACGUUGUACGACUUCCAUUAGAUCUUCACGAAACUUCAUAGAACUUCAUAGAAUUUUAGGAAACUAUAAAGAAGAUCUUUAUAUCUGCGUGGAAAAUCAGGAAACUUUCUAGAAUUGCAGCAAAGUUUGUAGAAGUUCAGCUAACUUUGUAGAAGCUCUGAGCAAAUUGAACUUUAGUGAACUUAGUCGAAGGGCAGAUAAUUUUUUAUUCAUCAAAGUUUAUAGAAAUUUAGAGAAUUUCAUAAAAUUCGACAUCAGGGAACCUCGGAAAACUUCAGGGACAUCUUAGAUGUUCAAGUUACAUCGUAGGAAUUUAAAAAAAAAUCGUAGAGCUUCAGAGGACUUAGUGCAAAUUCUAGAAAAUAUUGUAGAUGCGGGAACAUUGUACAAGUUUGGAGAACUUCAUAGAAGUUAUGGAAACUUUAUUUAUUUUAGGGAACUUCAUACAAGCUAGUGAACAUUUUUUUAUCUCCAUCGUACUACGUUGAAGUUUAAUAGACUUGAAAAUAAGUUAGGGAAUUUCGUAGAAUCUUGGAAAACUUCGUUAAACUUUAGGAAACUUCGUAGAAAAAACAUACCGGGAACUUUGUAGAAGUGCUGCGAGCUUUAGACUAUUUUUUUUCCUUGAUUUGUUUCCCGUCGAUCUUGUUUUCCGUGCUGAGCACCAAUGUUACCGACGCCAGGAAGGCAGCUCCCACGCCUGGACCCUACCUAUCGACCCAUCAACUCAUGAACCGGGGACCAACAGCUUUACUUCCCUUCCGAAGGAAGGCGUGAUCAGAGAUGUU